GCUGGCGGGCGGCUGGACCCUCCCCACGGCAGGGCCUGGGGGGCGCAGGCAGCAGGCGCCAUGGCAUCGCUCAGCUCGGCCUCCACGUACCGUGCCGAGCUCCUCAGCGCCUACGGGCAGGGGCACAGCGAGCCCCGCUUCGAGGGCGACCGGCGGCAUGGACCCUUCGGGGCGCGGGGACAGGAGGCAUUUGGGUACCCAGAGUCCCCAGGUGCCCUGUACCCCUGCAGCCUGGGCACCUGGGUGCGUGCCCGGGGUGACACCUACCAAGUGGUGGCCGACGUCAGCCAGUUUGAGCCCCCUGACAUUGUGGUGACCACGUCCAACUGCCAUGUCACCAUCCAGGCAGAAAAGGUGGCGGAGGAUGGCACCGUCUGUGACACCUUCACCCACAAGUGCCAGCUGCCCGAAGACACGGACCCACUGUCGGUGAGCUGCAGCCUCACCGAGACUGGCACGCUGGUCAUCACCGUCCGGCGCCGCGCCGGCCCCGGGCAGCCCCCGCAGCUGCUGUACCGCAGCGAGGCCAUGCUGUGAGCGGCUCUGCGUGACAAAAGCCUCCUUGCCCGGGGUGAUGCCAACCCCAGCACUGCGGUGAAGCUCUGCCGGUGCCCACCGGCUGUGGCCCUCUCCACCUCCAUAGUGCUUUGGCUCUGUUUAUAAAGUCCUUUUAUUAAAUUAA